CAGUAUUUACGCAUUUAUUAAUUUUCCAGCUCGAGAAACCUUUUUUUUUUCAUAGACGUGGGUUUCAAAAAGUUGAGAUCUUAAAAUAUUUUCAUGAUUGAUUAACUCGCCUGGUAAAUAGGGUAACGUUACAGUAUCCAAUUAAAUACGCAGAGACAAUGUAAUAGUUCUUUGGGCAAUUGCAUUUUACUGAUCAAACGCAUUCCGUUCGUCGAAGUCAAACAAUAACCAAAAACAAACGUCAUGACAACAACAAGUUAACAUUAUUCAUUGUAUAAAAACAAUUCUUUUGAUCUCGUUAAAUCAUAUUUCGAUACACUUUUACAUCUACAAUGGCUGCCGAUGCGCUUCGAGUUCUCAGGAAACGAUCCCUAGAAGAUUAUGAUGAUGACUAUAAACCACUGUCAAAGCGCAUGCACAGCAUGUAUUUAUUAGAUGCACCUGUAACUGGAGAUCUUUUAAAUGACAAUAUCCACGGGCAGGAUGCGUCAACGUCAUUAUUCAAUAGUCAACAUUCGGUUGCAGUUAAUUAUAACAAUUUAGAAGCCCAACAUAAUAAUAGCAAUGAAAAUCAAGAACAAUUACAGUAUGAUCCAGAUCUGUCUUCAGACCAAAAUCCAUAUUAUUAUGAAAGUAAUAAAUUGUUGUUUGAUUUGUAUGUCGAAAGGUUACAUCGACAGGGCCAGAAUUAAAUUUAUUGUAAAAUGAA